AUGCGCUACACUGCUGCCUCCCUGUGUCUUGCACUUGCCGCCGUGCAAGCUGCGCCUCAACUGCCCGGCACUCCGGGCAUGGGCCUUCCCUAUAUCCCCGUUCUACCACUCAAGGGUGUCCCUGAUGUUCUGGCUGGCAAUGGCUACAACUCCAUCGCCGCUUCUCUUUCAACUGCCACAUCAGCCCUCGGUAUUGACGCCGACGCCAUUGCGGGUGCGAAUGCCAAGCUCACCGGUAAUGUCUCUGUAAACCCCCCGGACAACCUAGUUCCGGUCCUCGAUGUUGUUAAGGCCGUAAAUGCUGCCCAAGGGACUUUCUGGCAAUUAGCAACCGACCUAGAGAAGAAGGUCUGCUCUGUGGCUACAUCGAUCAACCAGCAGAACUUUGCUGUUCAGCAAGCCAACUUGAUUGCCGCUAUCCAAGCACAGGUUACCGCCAUUGCCACGCUCCAGGCGAACAUUCAAGCCACGAUUGCGGAUAUCCAGAAACAGAUUGCCGCAUUCUCCGCCUCCGAGAUGUCAAUCGUCGCCGCGACUGUCAACGCCCUUGCUGCCGCGGCUGUGGCCGCCAGCGUUCCUCUCACUACGCUUGCAAUUGGGCUGAAGAACGCCGGCAUCUCCAGCAUUACCGAUGCGGCCAACAGCCUCGACGUUCAGUCAAACGCCCUUGCGUCCUUCGCUGGCGGGGUCAACUUCGUCGGGGCAUAG